AUGGACCGUUUCGUUAUUCGGGCCGGCCGGGGCAAAACGACAAGUGAGGCUGUUCCCAGUUCUAGUCAAGAUAAAAGGCAGCAGGCAGAUUAUGUGAGUGAAUCAAAUAAAACUUCGGAACGUGAAAAUGACAAUAGGAAAAAAAUUAAGGUUUGCGAAAAUAUACAGAAUGAAUCCUCUUAUUCUGUAGCCGAAAAAAAUGUUGCAAAACCUGAGAUACCACGAGCAUUCCAACGUUGGAAAGUAGAACAUCCAUGGAUCGAUGUGAAUGAACAUGCACGUGCGAUUUGUACCAUAUGCACAGAAGCGUGCAAAUUGAUUGUACAUUUUACAUCAUUUGACAUCCAAUCAAAAGAAACUUGGGUGGAAAAAGGCUUUAGCACCUGGAAACACGGGGCGGAAAGAAUAAAAGCUCAUUCGAGAAGUUCGCUUCACAUAUCAUGUGCAGAACUUCUCUUUCUAAAAAAUCGUGGAAAAGUCAAUAUUGCACAACAGUUGUCAUCUUCAUCACAUAAACAAAUGAUGGAUCACCGCACGGCUUUAAGAAAAAUUUUUAGUACAUUAAGAAUUCUGGGAAAACAAGGACUAGCGUUACGUGGAUCUGAAAAUGAUGAGAAUUCGAAUUUUAUGGCUAUCCUAAACGCGCGAGCAGAAGACGUUGAAGAGCUUAAAUCAUGGCUAAAAAGAACUGGACAUAAAUGGCUUAACCACGACUCACAAAACGAAAUACUGCAUAUGAUGGCUACAAAAAUAAUGGAAGAAAAUGUGCAAGAGAUUAAGAAAGCGGAAUUUUAUUCCAUUCUUCUGGAUGAAACGGCUGACAUUUCAAAAACGGAGCAGGUUUCAAUCUAUUUUCGGAUCGUUUCUCCUAAUUUUGUAGCCUCCGAGUUCUUCAUGGGGUUUUAUUCAACAAUCAACACCAAAAGUGAAACAUUGUUUGACAUUGUCAAAGACGUUUUAAUACGUUUUAAUAUCCCGUUGCUUAAACUUAGAGGACAAUGUUACGAUGGAGCUGCCAAUGUUUCAGGAAAAAUUUCCGGGUUGCAGCAACGGCUCCUAGAAGAAGAGCCCCGAGCUUUAUUCGUCCAUUGCAAUGCGCAUAAUCUUAACCUGGCCGUACAAGAUGGAAUAGAAAAAGUUUUCGAAGCUAGAAAGUUUAUCGGUGAGGUAAAAGAGUUAAUAAAUUUUGUACGCGAUUCACCAAAACGUGUUGCAAAAUUCCAGCAACUGCAAUCAGCUGAGGAGGAAGAGGAACUAAACCAAAUGCCAGGCAAAGUCUUAAAUUCCCAAUCUAGGGAAAUGGUUGCCUCAUUAUUACAUUAUUUUAUGGCCGAAAAGACCAAUGGAGGUCCUUUAAUUCCUUUUGAGGCAGUUACAGAGCGUGUUGCUGCUGCGUUGAAUAUCAGCAGUAGUACGGUUAAACGAAUAAAACAAAGCAUUGAUAGAAAUGAACCGCUUGAAACUCCAGGGCAAUCAAGGCCACGGUUAUCACUGAAAACCAAAAAUUUAGAUGACAAUAUUAAAACAGAAGUUCGUAAUAUUAUCUACAACAUGUACAAUAAAAGUAAGUAA